CGCACCACACGUCAGCCAGGUCCUUGCCAUGCGAUGUCGUUGCAGAGCCCAAGGCAUCGACAUUACAGGACAAUGACGGCGAUUUGUUUUGUGUGCAACCUGCCGAUCUUGAGCCAUCAGGUCGGUCUGGUAUGGCAGGGCGGCAACGGCUGGGACGACCUCGUACGAGAGCAAGUAGAAGAAUCUACUCUGAAGCAACGACUGGGAACAGGCAGGCGAGAUUCAGCGGCGCAAAUUACGUCAAUUUCACCCCCAAACGAAACCCAAAAUUCUUCCCCAACGAAUCAACGCCGUCGACGAUCGAGUCUCGCUCAACUGACCGACAUUUUGCGCGAAUGGAGCGGCGGCGGCACGUCUGGAAAAAGCGGACGCGGCAGCAAGCUCUCUCGCAGAGAAACCUUGGCUGACAUCGCCAAGUCGCUACCCUGGCCACGACAGGCCACCACGGACGCCAGCCAUUUGGCCAGUCUGCGAAAAAGGCGAGAGAGCUCGGUUGACAGCGGCAUUCGAAGCCAGUUGUCAACCAAGUCCAGGCGCGAAUCCGCCAUCAGCGACUUCAAGAACGAUAUAGCCAGACUCUGGAGCAAGAAGGAUGCGACACCGCAGCAACCGCCCACGGUCAUCUCGCCCUCACCGAGACGAGGCUCCGGUGAAUCAAGAUAUUCUCGUCGAGGUUCGGGUGAGAGUGCAAAAUCUACGACGAGGAAAGAUUCGAUAAUAGCACAAUCAUCGAUUGGACAAUCAUCGAAUGGACAACCGUCGAUUGGACAAUUAUCGGGACAAUCAUCAAUUGCAGGACAAUCUUCUUCGAGUCCCGGUGAACGCAUGCACACCUGUAGUCAUCAUAAACGUAGACGAUCCCAACAGUCGAUCGACGGAGGUGGCAUUACUCCCACGAAAUAUUACAGAAAUGAUCAGAGACCGAGCGCUUCCAGCACAGACAGCGCGGCCAGUAGUGCAGUUAGAGAUCACUUGGAAACUCAGAGAAGCUCAGAAAAGAGUGAGAGAUCGAGCAGUAUCGAAGCUAAAACCGUUCCCGUAGCGAACGACACAAAAGCAACGGGGCAAACUGCCACAUCUUUGACUGUUGACGGAAAGACAUCUGUCAUCACCACCGCAGCCGUCGCCGUCACCACCACGACCGCUACCACCGUAGGCGAAUCAAAAACGAUGACAGUGACAAUCAACACCGCACCAACAGUGUCCACUUUGUCAACCUUGAGCGUAGACACGAAGACUGAAAACAAGUCUGGUAUCAAUCUAGAUACCGGCGUGAGUCCGCCAACUAUCGUUAUGUCCUCGGUAACACCACCAGCUAUUUCGCCGACGACUGGAAGUAGUCUCCCGCUUCCUAAUACUUCGACAUCCGGUAGCUCCAGUCCAGUCGGUUCCCCGAAUGUCAAUAACACACCUACGCAUCCCUUGCUUUCCACUCGACGAGAUUCGACUACACAGUGUUAUUACAAGGGUAAAGAGGUUUCACCGAAUAAAUUGCUGAGACUGACACGCCAACAGGCAGCGAUAGACGAAUCAAUGCCAUCCCCGGGUCGUCGCGGUAGUCAACCAACGUUAUCACCGGAUCCUGACGAUGGAGGUCGAAAGGCACGAAGAGAUUCCUUGAGUCCGGAUUCCGCGUCUUAUCCGCGACGUCGCGAUUCAAAAACCCAUUUGAGCCCGGACAGAACAGUUGAUAAGAGAGAUAUCAGUCCUAUCAGGCAGAGGAAAGCUCGAUUGAGAAGACAAUCCACCUCCAUGGCUGGUAGACCACCAAGAUCGCCGGAUAGUUCCUCAUGUUCGUCCAGAGAUCCCAGUCCCUGUGCUCGUGCACCCAGCAUUCAACAUGCGCCGAUAAUAAGACGACAAUCUACUACCGAGGAGAUUCUGAUAGCGCGCGGCUUUCGACGGCAAAGCACCACCGAAGAGAUGAUUCGAUGUCGUAAUUUUAGGCGACAGAGCUCUCAGAGCGACGACACGGUUCAAAGAUACCGCGGACGAAGAGAUAGUUCGGCUCAAAUUACAGAUGGCACUUUUGCGACUAUGACCGUCGAAACAUCGAGUACAUUUUUCGACAGUAGUACGCAAACUGAACCGUCACCAUUGUACGACAACAACCACUAUCACGAAGAGUGCCUGAAAUGUAACAGCUGCGGCCUGAAUCUCACGGGACCCAAUCAGAAACGAGCGAGACGUUUCAAAAACCAGAUACUUUGCGAUCUACACUUCGCUGACGUGGCGCUGAUGGAGUGCUCGGACUUCAUGCAGCAGUUGCGCAGCUUCAAACCACAAAGUUUAGGCUGCGCAGUUGCAAGAAGAAAAUCCUCGACCACCUUGAUCUUCCCGUUGCCACCUCAAGCGUGCUCCGAUGAGUUUUGUCAAGAGUUCCCUCACAAUUUGAUACCAACGCCGGGUUAUUGGAUCGAGUGUUCGCGGCCACAGAUCACGUCGGACACGAUUUGGGACGAGAGUGAGAGCGAUCGCGAUACCACCGAUCUCGAGCAGGUGGAACAGGAGCAGACGGUGGAGGAGCGUUCGUCGAUGCUUAAACGGCAGGACAACAGUUUUUGUCUCGUUGAAGAGAACGAAGUUGACACGGACGAUGUGCCACGCAAGAAGACUACCAUUGAAGAACAAUGGGAGAAAAAUCAAGGCUUUGAACUCACUUCAGUCGAGCAAGAAACUUAUGAAAAAUAUUUUUAUGGCACGGAGCAUUGGAACUACUUCACCAACGACGAAGAUUUGGGACCGGUGAUACUUAGCAUCAAGCAGGAAACACUCAACAAUCGAGACCAGUUCAGGAUUCUAGUCAGAGCGAUCAGUUACACGGUCCAUGGCCUCAUUCCUGCCAGCUGCGUCUUCGCCGAUCGGUACAAUCGAGAAGAAGUGGUUCGUAGUCUCGGUAAAGAGGUGAAUAUCAAUCCGCCGCUGACCUUGGGCCAAUUGCCAGAUACGCCCGAAGAACUUCUGAAGCUCGAUCAAGUUUUUAUCAAGUCCGAGCUGAAAGUGGGAGUGAUUUAUAUUCAGGAAGGCCAGUACAGCGAGGAGGAGAUACUGGAUAACAACGAGAAUUCGCCGCUUUUUGAGGAAUUUCUGCAGAUUCUCGGGGAAAAGAUCAGACUGAAAAAUUUUGACAAGUAUAAAGGCGGUCUCGAUACUGUGCACGAUUUGACAGGCCUAUAUUCUGUGUACACUAACUGGCGAGGUAUCGAGAUAAUGUUCCACGUGUCUACUUUAUUGCCUUACGAGAAACACGAUCCUCAAAAACUCCAGAGAAAAAGACACAUUGGUAACGAUAUAGUGUGCGUCGUAUUCUUGGAAGCCGACAACACGAGCUUCAGCCCAGCUUGCAUUAAGUCGCACUUUUUGCAUACAUUUAUCCUGGUACGAGUGAGUCCGCGAAUUAAACGAAAAACCACUAGAUACGAAGUGUCUGUCGUUACAAGAGACGAAGUCGGGGCCUACAAACCGUAUUUAUGGGAACAAAGUGUUUUUGAAAAAGGUCCAAUGUUCCGAGAAUGGAUGUUAACGAAAAUCGUGAACGGUGAGAGAGCAAGUUAUUCCGCGCCGAAAUUUGCAAGGAUGCAAGAACGAACGAGAAGUCAAAUGUUAGAAGAUAUUGUAGCUAAUCUAGCUAAUCAUGCGGAAACUGGUCAAAUUCCGAAACCUUAUAGACGAGGUUCUUGGCGACCAAUUGGACAUAUGAGGCCAUCUUCACCAUUAUUGGAUUCAGUACGAGAUCAUUUCGAAGAUUACGAUCAACUCGCGAGAGACUUUACUAGUGUAUUUCUCAAUGAUGAGGCGAACGUGAAACUAAAUGCUAGUUUGUUUGAUGUAUCUUUUCUUGUAUCCGGACAUCAGAAACAAAAAGUCAGAUUCAUCGGUGUUAGAGCGAUUUUAGCAGUGAGAAGCAGAGUGUUUCAAGAAAUGUUAUACGGGAUUCAAGCGGGCUUUGGGAGUCCACAAGUACCGGUUGCUGAGUUACUCGCAAGACCUGCGCCUACAUUGCUUAGUCCACAGAAACCGAAGAGCUCGAAUUUCCUACAAGUACCCGACGUAGAAAGUCCUAGGCCGAAAAGUGUUCCUUCGUCGCCGAUGGUAAAACGGGCCUUCUCGCGACUUGGUACGAUCACGGCAGGAUGGGGAAAAAGUAUUAGAAAGCACAGCAGUAACACCUUGCAGAGCGAAGAUCGAAAGCGAUGGGCCAGCUCGCAAGAUUGCAGCAACAAAGAAGUGAAAGACAAGGAAAAGGCAGCUCAAUCAUUGGCAGUGCCGAGACUCAGCGUUUGUGCGGAUGCUCAAAAAAUAGAUAGAGCGAAACUAGCUCAGACUGAGUUUGAUAUCAUCGAAUUCGAUCCAGAGACCUUUCGACUUCUAUUGGAUUAUCUGCACACCGGAUCCUGUCCGCUUACUUGCAGCAACAUACCAGGUCUGAUAUGCGCGGCGGAGCACUACGAUCUACCGGAGCUCCUUCAAGCGUGCUUCCAUCACGCAAAACAAUUCCUCAGAAUUGAAAUCGUCUGCGUAAUGUUGUGCGCACUUGAGAAUUACUAUUGGCGGUAUACAUCGGCAACCGAGUUAGUUAAUAUGAUUCUUGCCUUCGUCGAGACAAGAGCUUAUCAACUGUUUCAAAAUCCUGACUUCCUCACGCUGAGUGAAUCUAUGGUACAAACGAUAAUGUGUCGUAGCCUUGAAGUGGUGGAAAUCAAAAAGUUCGAGGCUAUGUUGAAUUGGGCGAAGCAUCGAAUAAAGACUAAAUCAACUAAGAUCGACGCCAAAGUCGAAUUUAAGUGCAUCAUGGAAAGACUCAGCAGAGAUCUCAAGUUAUACAGAAUAACGCCACAAGAAUUAAUUAGGAUCGUGUUGCCGACUAAAGCGAUAAGAAACGAACGAAUACUUGAAACGCUAAUGUUCCAAGCAAACUCGGGGAUAUUCAGGAAUGUUGACAGUUACCUGGAAGCGUAUCAAAAAAAAGUCGCGACUCAAGAGAGCUUUGAUUAUGGCUUAUAAAUGUCACCGAACAUCCAAAAAGUGUCGUGAGAAAAAACCAUGUAGUCUCUGCUUGAGUUAAUUUGACGAGAUCUAUACUCUCGAUGUGUGUUGCCCAGCAAAGACAGAAAUAUAAACUGCGAAUCAGUACAAACUUACGCCUGGCGUGUAUAACUCUUCUUUCUUUCGUACCGCGAGUGAAUUAAUGUACAAAACACUUUUUUUACUCUACUUGAUGACAGUUCAGACGUUUCUCGGUCAAAAGAUCAGACAGAACAAACUGGGGUAUAUGGACAGUGCUAUAUUGAGCACAAAUGAUCCCUUUUGGCGAACACCUAAAAAUAAGAAAGAAAGAAAAUUGUCAAACGCCAUUCUGUCCAGUCAUUGCCGCCUAUUGUUCAACUGUACAUCGAAGCGACACUGAAUUGUUUCGGAAAAGAAAAAGAAGUUCUCCUUUUAUAUGCGCCCUUCUUUUUCAGUUUGUUGUCAAUUGCUUGUUAACGCGGUGUUGGAAAAUUUCAUCAUUAUUUCUUUUCAUCUCCCCUCAUUUUAAGUAUCUUGAAUCAUUUCUUCUUUUUCACAAAAAAAAUAUAUAUAAAGAAACAAAAAAGAAGAAAAUACUUUGAGAUACUUCGAAAAUAAUCGAUAAAUCCUUCGAUUUUUCAACACUGACAGUUGAAGUAAAACGAUGAUACAGAAGCGAUACGUUUUUUGGCAAAAUGAUUCAGUGCCGAUAGAUGCACAUGCAUUCACUAAAUAAGAUAUUUAUGAAGAUAUAUGCAUAUAUAUUGCAAUGUAAACACACACAUGUAAUGUUAAAAAAAUGAGAUAAUCAAAGAGAAAAGUAUACAUACAUAUACGUCUCUAAUGCGAAAACUAUAAAAGCUUUAUUUAACAAAAUAUUAUGCCACGUGAGCGGGUUUCGGCGAGCAAAAUACAUACUUCCAGAUGGAUUAAGCCAAAUAAGGAUGUUAAAAAGUAGUCGAUUUUUGCUCCCGUUUUGGCAAGUAAAAUUUGAGUAAUUUUUUAUAGAUUUUUUAUAGAUUUUUGGU